UUUACAAGCGAAUACUUCAAGGGGAAAACGUCGAGGGGGAGGAUUCUGCAAAGCCAGCGAGCUUUUCCGACAGAGCCGGGGAUUUAAAUCGUCAUUUGGUGGUGGAGCUCCGGGAGAGGCGAGAGUCAAAGAAAAGAAAUUCAUGUGGCCAUUCUCUCUAUAGCCAAACAUUUUCUGGGGGGAUUGCAUAAUGAGCAAGGAAAGACCCAAGAGGAAUAUCAUUCAAAAGAAAUAUGACGACAGUGAUGGCAUCCCGUGGUCGGAGGAGCGGGUGAUGCGAAAGGUGCUUUACCUCUCACUCAAGGAGUUCAGGACAGCACAGAAACGACAGCUGGACGGGGAUGGAACCACAAACACUAACGGUUCUUUAGCCAACGGGCAGCUGAAUGGCUCGGGGUCAAAGGGCAGCCACAAAGAUGACGGGUCCCUGCGCUCUCAGGGCCUGCACGGGAGUGGCGAGUACGGCGAGGACGGUCCCGCGAAAAAGAGACCUCGACUUCAGGCCCAGAGGAAGUUUGCCCAGUCGCAGCCCAACUCGCCCAGCACUACUCCGGUCAAGGUGACCGACACGGGCAGCCUGAACACCGGCCUCGCCACGGUGCCAUCCACGUCCCUCUCGGCGCUCUCCUCCUCCUCCUCGCUGUCCGCCUCCAUUCAGGAUCUGUCCAGGCGCAAGCCCAAGACCGAGGACUUCCUCACCUUCCUCUGCCUCAGAGGUUCAUCUGCCUUGCCCAAUAAUAUGGCCUACUUUGGAAGCUCCCAGGAGGAGGAGGACCUGGAGGAGGAUGAAGAGGAGGAGGAGGAGGAGGUGAGGAACGGAGGCGGCGUUCACUCUCACGGCGCGGGAAGCACCAGCCAGGCCUCUGCCUCGUCCUCCUGCCACUCCACACCUCGCAAGGGCAAACUCCCGGCCAGGCAGCCGCUCAACGGGCAUGUUUUCCACAGCCACAGUAGAACAGGGACCAGGGAGAGUCCCAGACCCAAGGCAGGGACUCACGGCAGGGACGCGCCCGCCCCGCCGCUGCCGCCCCCUCCGCCUCCGCCGCCGCCCCUCCUGAGGGAGCGCAGCGAGCGGGCGGAGGCGCGGGAACACGCCAGGGAGCAGCUGGCUCUGGCCAACAGCCGAGGCUCUGCCAACGGGCUGCCGUCGAGGAGAGCCGCCGCCGAGGAGCUGCGUAAACAGGUCUCUAAAGUGAACGGGCUGACGCGAGCCGGCUCGGCACAAGCUGCCAGUGGUGCCAAAAAGAGCCGCGACUUCCGACUGCCGUCCAAAACUGUGAAGAAGUACACAGCCACCGUGUCCAAGGGCCACGUCACCUACACCAAAGCCAAACAGAAAGAACUGGGCAAGAAAACCAAACUCAGCAGCAGCAACAAACACAACAGCGCCGCCUCGGCAACAUCGUCAGCGAACAAUCACAAUCAGCACAGCCAGCCAGCAGCCAGCAAUGGGCUGGCCAACUCAGGAAAAGCAGCGGCACCAGCCCACCACAGCAAUGCAAAAACACGCAAACAGGUGCUACUAUCCAACGGGCUUCACGGUGUGGCUGCCGGCGCCCGGCUCAACGGCAGGCUAAACGGGCAGCGGCACAACGCCCUGGCCAAGGAGGACGGGCAGAGGCAGUGCCAGCAGGCAGCGGCGGAGUGUCCCGGCCGAGAAGGGCUGCGCAACUCCAAGCGGCGUCUGGAGGUGGUGCUCAAUUCGGUGGGGACCGGAGUUGUGGAGCAGAAAGCCAAAACGACCGGCGCCGAGGCCAAGAAGGCCAAGAUCCAGCCGGCUCCUCUGGAGACGCGCAGCAGCAGCAAGAAGGUGUCCAAUCAGGAGAAGGCGGCCGCCACGCAGGACGGCGCCCCGACCACUCCGCUUUCCAACGGACUCGAAUCAGAAACGCCCCCUCCUCCUCCCAAACAAACUCAACCUGUUACCCCUCACCCGCCCUCCACUCCCCCUCCCCAGCAAGCCCCGCCUCCUUCUACACCAGCAGCCAGCGCGGAGCCGGUGAACCAGCGACCGAAGCGAGCGUCGGCCGGCAAGCUGAUGUUGAUCAGACAAGCACAGCAGCAGCAGAGCAGGUCUCACAGUCGCAGCUCCUCCUCCUCCUCCUCUUCCUCGCCCUCAUUAGGCCAGAAUCACUCGCCCAACCCAAGCCGUGCCAGCACUACCUCAGACCCCCGACAGACCUCCGUGUCCUCCGCCUCCUCGCCCCCCGCCGCCUCCGCCAGCAGCCCCGGACAGCUUAAACCAGCAGCGGCGCGGCCCGCCGACCGCGACAAGGAGUGGGAGCGCGAGAAGGAGAUGACGCGCCAGAAGGAGCGCGAGCAGGAGAAGGAGUGGGAGCGCCAGCGGAGCAAGCCGGAGGGCUGGGCGGCGCUGGGCGAGGCCCCCGCCUUCCGGCCGGCUCCCAGGGAGUUCCAGGACCCCCUGGUGUACUUGGAUGCAGUGAGGGAACAGGCCGAGGUGGCUGGCAUGUGCCGAGUGACGCCGCCGACGGACUGGCGGCCCGAGUGCAAGCUGAGCGAGGAGAUGCGUUUUGUUACACAGGUUCAGAGGGUCCACAUGCUGGGCCGGCGCUGGGGCCCCAACGUGCAGCGGCUGGCUUGCAUCCGCAAGCACCUUAAAUCUCAGGGCAUUACCAUGGAUGAGCCGCCGGUCAUUGGUGGCUGCGAAGUGGACCUGUCACGUUUUUUUCAGCUCAUCAACGACAUGGGCGGCAUGCAGCAGGUGAUGGACCUGAAGAAGUGGACCAAGCUCGCUGACCUCCUGCGCAUCCCCAAGUCGGCGCAGGACCGGCUGGCCAAGCUGCAGGAGGCCUACCUCCAGUACAUCCUCUCGUACGACUCGCUCGGUGCCGAGGAGCGCCUCCGGCUGCAGACCGAGGUGCUGCAGGAGAAGAAGAGCAUGGAGUCCCGCCGGGGCCCGCUGGAGGGCCUGUCGGACUCCUCGGCACCCAGCGCGCUCCUGCUGCCGCGCUACGAGCCCAAGAACGGGCUGGUGGGCGGGAUAGUGGGCGGAGCCACGGGGCACCACCGAACCAAUGGAGUUUAUCACCGUCUGAAGGAGCUGGAGGCUCAGGUCAAAGCAGGCCGGCGCCGGCUCUUCGCUCAGGAAAAACAAGGCAAAGAGGACAGGCAGCAUGGGCAGGAGCAGGAGGAGGAGGACAGGAGCGUCCUCGGUGACCAGCACAAAUGUAUUUACAAGGGGAAAUCUGUGUCUCUGACCAACUUCUUCAGGAUAGCGCGGAACACCAUGACCAUGUGCUUUAACAAGGAGCCCGGGGCCGCAGAGGUCGAGCAAGAGUACUGGAGGAUCGUCGAGCAGAGAGACAGCCACGUGGCAGUGCAUUGUGGGAAGGUGGACACCAGUACACACGGCAGUGGUUUCCCCACAGGAAAGUCAGAGCCAUUCUCAAAACAUGGAUGGAACCUCACUGUCCUCCCGAAUAACUCUGGAUCCAUACUAAGACAUCUGGGUGCUGUGCCUGGGGUGACCAUUCCCUGGCUCAAUAUUGGCAUGGUCUUUUCUACCUCAUGCUGGUCUCGAGACCAAAAUCGCCUUCCAUAUAUUGAUUACUUACACACUGGUGCUGAUUGCAUUUGGUAUUCUAUCCCUGCUGAGGAGAAGGCGAAGCUGGACAAGGUGGUCCAUACACUGCUUCAGGCCAAUGGCACCCCGGGACUAGAAAUGCUGGAGAAGAAUAUCAUGAUCUCUCCAGAGGUGCUGUGCCGUGAAGGCAUCAGGGUUUACCGUACAGUCCAGCGGAGUGGUCAGUUUGUGGUCUGCUUCCCCGGUGCCUUUGUCUCUAAAGUGUGCUGUGGCUACAGCGUGUCAGAGACGGUGCACUUUGCCACGCCACACUGGAUGAACCUGGGCUACCAGGCCGCAAAGGACCUGAAAUGUCGUUGCAUAGCCAAACCCUUCUCCAUGGAGAAGCUACUGUAUCAAAUCGCCACAGCUGAGUCCAAGAGGGACAACGGCCUUCUCCUCACCACCAUCUCCGCCCUACUCAAAGACCUCAGGAACAUAGAGAUGCGCCAACGUCAGGAACUUUAUCAGGCAGGUCUGCUCUCCUCCGCCCGCUACGGCACGCACGACGGCAGCCUGGGGCCCGGCGAGGGCCGCAAGAAGCCCCGCGGCAAAUGGCUGGCACUGGAGUCCUCCGAGAGACGCUGCCAAAUCUGUCAGCAUCUCUGCUACUUGUCCAUGGUGGUUCAGGAGACUGACAACGUGGUCUUCUGUCUGGAGUGUGCGCUGCGCUACGUGGAAAAGCACAAGUCCUGCAGAGGCCUGAAGAUGAUGUAUCGAUACGAUGAGGAGCAAAUCAACAGUCUGGUGAACCAGGUGUGUGGACGGGCCAUGCUAAAGAACGGAGGUGGCGGAGGCGGGGGUGCAGUGGUGGUCAGCGGCGGCGGCGGCGGCGGGGGGGAUCCCUGCCAUGGCCUCAGCCCCAGCCCCAAAGCAUCGCCAGCCAAGCGAGGCCAAAGGAAGCGCUCCGCCAUGGAGGUGUCCCUGCCCCGCCUGUCCUCUAGCCACAUACCCAAGUCGGCGGCCGUGUCCUGAGGAUGAAGGAGGGGGGCGGGGGGGGCCGCCUCCACCCCGGGUCCUGUCCCCGCUACGUCCUCUCAGCUUUUUGUUUUUCACUUUGGAUCACUAUCGACCAUGUUGUCCGCCACCUCCCUCCCUCACUGAUUGUGUUUGAGCUUUGAAGAUGUCGUCACCUGACCUCAGCCCCCCCCCCACACCCCCGCCCUAUCUCCAAAAAUAUUCACCUUUAGUUUGACAGGCUUCUUUAGAAAAAAAAGAGAAAAAAAAAAGUUGAAUAAAAAGAAAAGUAAAACCUCUUUUUUGCACUAGUGUGAAAGAAGAAUUUGUUUUGAUUCCGGAUGGUUUCAGACCCCCCCCAGUCUGCGUUAAAAGCAUUAAGAGUAACAUUCAUUCACAGGAGGCCUGGACGGGCCCGGCUCCACCCUUUGCCCCACGCUGACUGAAAUGGGUUACAUCUGUUACCUUUUUCUUGCAUCACUGUUUGCUGCCCUCCUGUCGCUCCUGAGACUGAACCCCGCCCUCCUCAUCACCCAACUGUGAACACGGGACGAAUGGAAAAGCGGCCUUUUUUAUUUCCUUCCCUGCUUCUUUUUUUGUUUUUUUGUGCGUGUGAGUGUGUGUGUGUGUGUGUGAUAUGACAUCAAGUAGUUACCCAAAGUUUCUCUCUGUCCUUGGUUUCGAGGAAGAGAAAGAGUCCUUUUGUAUUGAUUUUGUUUGUUCUCAAUGCAGUUCCUGCAUUAGUUAUUUUUUAAAAAAAGGGGGGGUUUUGGCGAUGCAAGGUAAAAACUUGAAAGACAGACGAUGUUGGUUUACUGUUGGUCGGCUACGUUUUUUUUUUUUUCCUUUGUGUUUCAAUUUUAGCUUUGUUUUUUCUAGUUUUUUUUUGUUUUGGUGAGAAGUCUUCUGUGUAUUUCAUUAUUUCCUUCGUCAUUGCGGACGUUGCGGUCUGUCAGUGGAUGUGUGUGGGGAGGGGGGGGGGGUCACCGCUCACCCGACUCCCUGGUCGUAUGGACGGAUCCCUUGUUCGCUAGCAAGUGAAAACGGUGCCUGAUACUCAGCGAGGAGAUCCACUUUUUGUUUUUUUCAUUGGUGCUGUUGGUUAUAAUUACUGUAUAACAACAAAAUGUGGGGGUUUGGCGCCCGCCGCCGGCUGACCGCCGGCUGGGCGCCCCCCCCGCCCCACAGGGCAGAAAGGCUGUCGGGCUUUUCUGGUUCUAGAUGUGCAAUCGUGUUAACAUUCCAUUCUUCCAGUCCUCUUGUUUCAUCUGUACCAGUAAACAUUAAUUAUUAUAUUAUAUUAUUAUUAUUUUGUGUUGUUUUUUUUUCUACUUUGUUGAUCUGAUGUGUUAUCUCAAGUAGAGCCACUAGUCAAAGAGUGUAAAAUGUGAAAUAUCAAAUCCAUUUUUUUCUUUUUAUUGUCCUUUUUUUGUUUUGUUUUGUUUUUGGCUUUUGCAUUUUUUUCCCCCUUUAUGAGAUAUAUUACGAGUGAUUUUUUUUUUUUGAAUCUUUUUUUCGUUUUACAGAGAGAGGAAAAAGUCCAACACACAAACAUCAACCUUUUUUGUACAUAAUCCUGUAAAUUUCUUUAAAUACUUGAGCCUUUUUCUGGGGUUAAGUAAGAAAGAAAAGGAAGGAAUAGUGAAGAGAGAAAAUGUUCCAGAGGAGAGUGCUUGAUGAAGAAAAAGCCUUACAUUUCCCUUUCUUCAUCCAUGUGAGUUUUGAUGCUUACAGGGUUGCUCUGGUAAAUGUGUAUAAAAAAAAAUUUUUAAGUGCUGCUUAUAUCACUAAGAAAGAAGAUAUUGAGUAGCCAAUGACUGCCCCCCAACCUAGUUUUGUUUGUUUAGCUUUACUUUUUUAAAGAAAAGGGAAAAAAAAAAAUAUGUUCACAAAAAAAAAUGGGUUUUUACAUUUUCAUUACUGAAAAUUCAACAAAAAUGUAGUAGCUACUCAUGUUGCACUGAGCUUGCCAGUGGUGACUGUCAAGGAAAAUCCUAUAAUCCAGUUUGUUGGUUGUUGUCCCUUGCAGAAGACUGAACUGUUUUAGGACUAUUUAAUGAAAUACCAAGUCGGGUGUUUUCAACAUUUAAAAAAAAAAAACAAAAAAAAAGUGGUUGUCAAGUUUUUAUGGCCUUACAAUAUAUUUUAUUCUGAUGGGAUUUUUUUUUUUUUUUUGUUUUUGUUCUUCAGUUCUCUUUUUUGUUUUCUUCCAUUUUCUACAGUAUAAACUACUUGCUCACAGUGGGGUCUCUGGUGACUUAAUUUAUUGGUGCCGUGUCUCGGCCUUUCCCUCCAUUCAGAAAGAGAGUCUCAUGUUGGUUAUAUUGACAGUUUUUUACUUUUGCAGUUUGUACUUAAGGUUUAAUAAAAACUUACCGACGA